GCUUGCGCUCCUGUUGCUUUUUUCAGUUGCACAAACACACAGUUUCCACUGCCAACUGCGACGACUUUCUGCUUCUGUCCACCGAUUCUGUCAGACACAAGCAAACACACUCCAACCCCACCUCACACCCACAGCCACCAUGUCUGCGAAGGUCAAGGCCGAGCGUGUUCUGCUGCCGCAGGACUUUGUGCCGAAGCACUAUGAUGUGACCAUCACGCCGAACCUGGUGAAGUUCAUCUUCGAGGCGUCCGUCGACAUCCACGUCGACGUGCAGAAGUCCGUGAACAGCGUGCAGCUGCACUCGCGCGAGCUGUACAUCCAGUCUGCCACCUUCAAGUCCGAGGGCGAGAAGGGCUUCUCCACGGAAGCGACCGGCUUCAACUAUGACACCAAGAUGCAGACGGUGACCAUCCAGUUUGAGAAGGAGGUGCCGCUCGGCAAGGGCCGCAUCCACAUUGAAUACCUUGGCGAGCACAACAACCAGAUGGCCGGGUUCUACCGCUCCUCGUACAAGGACAUUGACGGCCAGGAGAAGGUCAUGGUCACCACCCAGUGCGAGGCCAUCGACGCCCGCCGCAUCCUCCCAUGCUGGGACGAGCCUGCCGCCAAGGCCACGUUUGGCGUGACGCUGGUCAUCGACAGCCACCUGACGGCGCUGUCCAACAUGCCCGAGCGCCGCGUGGAGUACCUCAAGGGCGGCAAGAAGCGCGUGGCCUUUAUGGACACGCCGAAGAUGAGCUCCUACCUGCUCGCCAUGUGCGUGGGCGAGUUUGAGUUUGUGCAGGGCACGACUCAGCACGGCGUGCUGAUGCGGUGCUAUUCGACACCGGGCAUGGUGGACCGCGCCCGCUUUGCGCUGGACUGCGGCGUCAAGUGCCUCGACCUGUACGACGACUACUUUGGCAUCGCCUUCCCACUCCCCAAGAUGGACAUGAUCGCCAUCCCCGACUUUGCCGCCGGCGCCAUGGAGAACUGGGGUCUGGUGACGUACCGUGAAGUGGAUCUGUUGGUGGACGAGGCGAGCGCCACAUCCGCACAGCGCCAGCGCGUCUGCACCGUCGUCACCCAUGAGCUCGCACACCAGUGGUUUGGCAACCUCGUCACCAUGGCCUGGUGGGACGACCUCUGGCUCAACGAGGGAUUCGCCUGCUUCCUCCAGACGUGGGCUGCGGACAAGCUGCAUCCCGAGUGGCAGCUGUGGCAGCAGUUUGUGACGAGCGACCUGGCGGCGGCGCUGCGGCUCGACUCGCUGCGCUCCAGCCAUCCGAUCCAAGUCCCCAUCAAGCACGCACACGAAGUCGAAGAGGUGUUUGACGCCAUCAGCUACUGCAAGGGCGCGUGCGUGAUCCGCAUGCUCAACACGGUGAUUGGGGAGGCCGCGUUCCAGCAGGGCCUUCGCGCGUACUUUGAGGCCCACAAGUACGGCAACACGGAGACCACCGACCUGUGGAAGGCCUGGGCCGACGCUUCCGGCAUGCCCGUCGCCGACCUGGCCAAGUCGUGGACGGAGCAGAUGGGCUACCCUGUCGUCAAGGUGGACAUCAAGUCCGAAACUGCAGACGAGGUUGAGCUCACGUGCACGCAGUCGUGGUUCCUCGCCGACGGCUCCGAGGCCAAGCCCGACGAGAAGAAGACGUGGACGCUGCCCGUUGUCGCGGCCUCUGCCUCACACCGCGACGCCAAGGUGCAGCUCGUCUCGGACGAGACGUUCACGCUCAAGGUGCCGUGCAAGUCGGGGGAGUGGGUCAAGGUCAACUUCGGCCACCCGGUCCCCAUGCGCGUCAUCUACUCGCCAGACCUCCUCAAGCGCCUCAGCGCAGGCGUCAAGGAGCGCACGCUGCCGACGCAGGACCGUGCGGGCCUACUGCUGGACUGCAUGGCGCUGACCAAUGCCAAGAAGCUCCAGCCCGAGCUCCUCAUCACGCUCCUCAACGCAUACAAGGGCGAGGAGGAGUGCGUGGUGUGGGACGCCAUUGCCCCGGCCCUCAACGGCCUGCACAAGGCGCUGCUCUCCGACGAGGCGCUGUCCAAGCACCUGCGCGCGCUGGCGGCGUCGCUGGUGGAGCCCGCGGCGAAGAAGGUGGGCUGGGACGCCAAGGAGAGCGACGGGCACCUGACGAAGCUGCUGCGGCAGACGCUCAUUGCGCUGCUGGCCAAGUUCUCCGACGACGAGCAGGUGGUGGCUGAGGCGCGGCGCCGCUUCAAGAGCGUGCUGGCCAACCCUGCAGACACGGCCGCAUGCCCGAGCGACUACCGCACGUCCGUGUACUCGCUCGCGCUGAAGAACGGCGGGCGGACGGAGUACGAGCAGCUGAUUGGCCUGUUUGAGUCGCUGAACAACAACGCGGACCGCAAGCAGGUGCUGCACGCGCUCGGGUUUGGCCCCACGGAGGAGCUGAAGACGGCUGCGCUCGACUGGACCACGUCCGGCGCCGUCAAGCUGCAGGACUUCUUCUACACCAUCGCCAGCGUGUCGACGUCGAACCGGAUGGGCCAGCGCCUGGCGUGGUCGUACUUCAAGAAGAACGUGGACAAGUACCGCAAGAUGAUUGGCAAGGCCAACCCGAGCCUCAUGCACGCCGUCAUCGUCUACAGCACAUACGGCAACACCGAAGAGCACGCUGCGGAGGUUGAGCAGUUCUUCAAGGAGCAUCCGAUCCCCGGCACGGACCGCCGCGUGCAGCAGGUGCUCGAGUCCAUCCGCGUCGCUGCGGGCUUUGCAAACUUCCUCCGCAGCUCCUCCAUCGCCAACGACGCGUUCUGGGCCAGCCUCUGAGUGCGCAGCACGUGCUUGCAGGCACGCGUGGUUGGUGUUGGCGGAGCUGAAGCUGAGUUGCUGAUGGUCAACGCUCGAUGACGACACUGGAUGCAUCCUGCACCACCCUCGCUGUCACCACUCGUGUCAUGCUGUUCCGUUUUGCGUGUGCGCACCGUUUUCCUUGACGCACAUGCACGCGUUCCAUUCCCACAACUCGCGUUUCCUACGUGUGUUUCCCUCCACCGUUCAACAACAAUACACGACUCCCCCCCCCA